UACUUUUAUUCAUCAGGUUUUUCAUCUUAUUAUGUUAUUUCAGUUUAUUAUUAUGUUUAAUUUUCUUAAUUUUAUUAAGGAUUUUUUAUAGAAAUUCUUAUUUAUUUUUAGCUUUUUUAUAUCAAUUUUUAAUUUUCUAGAAGAUUUUCAGACUAAUUUUUAUCAGAAAUUUAAGGCUAAAUUUGGAUAUUUUAUUAAUCUUUUGUAUUAUUAGAUUAUAUAUUUUCGUUUUUUUAGUUAUUGUUUUGGCUUUUAUUUAUAUUAGAAUUUAUAAUUUGGUUUGUAUUUAAUAUUGAGUUCUGGCUUUUAUUUUAUAUUUUAUUUUAGACAUUGUCUUUUUUUUAAUUUCUUUCGGCUUUAUAUUUGUUUGUGUUAAUAUCUUAAUUUAAAUCUUAUAUUUACUAAAUAAUUAUGUUUUAGUUUAUAUUUUUGUUAUUUUAUUUUGGUUAAUUAUUAUUAUUUAAAUUAUCAUUUACAUUUUUUUUUUUUUAACUUUACCUGCCUUUAGUUUAAAAAUCAGAUUAUUUUUGAUUAAUUUCAGAAAAACUUGCUUAUUAUUCUUAGUUUUGGAUAAAAGUUGGGAAAAUUGGAGUGAAUAUUGAUGAUUGUAUAUUUAGUUUCUUUUAAUUAAUUUUUUAUAUCAUAAAUUCUUCUGGAAC